GGACAUUUUUUCUAGUACCUCUGUUGCGCUGGUUUCACAUCUUCGCGGGCCUCUAUCGCGAGCGCCAUUGCUCCACGUGUGAGCAAGCAGCGACUCACACAUUCACAGAGCACUGGCGGUGGAUCCAGAUCUUACUGCUCACACGUCGUCACAACCGCGCGUGCCGUAGCAGCAGACAUAUCCAGCUCCUUAACAGGCACAGCUCUACACAGCUCUACGCCGGCGCCGCGACACACCAAGCAAAAAAUGGCCCGGGACGACGACUCCGACGCCUCGUCGGUCUCGAAGAGCAAGAGCCGGUCGCGCUCCAAGAGCGCCGAGAAGGCCGACGACGGCAGCAAGAGCCGCUCGCGCAGCAGGAGCCGCAGCCGCUCGCGCCGCAAGAAGGACCGCAGCCGGUCAAGAAGCAGGAAGCGCUCGUCGAGAAGACGCCGCUCUCGUUCUCGAAGCCGGUCCCGCGGCCGAGCUGAGAACCAGCCGUCCGGCAACCCGACGCGGGCCUUCGGCGGCGCGGCCCGAUUAUAUGUAGGAAACUUACCUUACGAGAUGACCACCGAGCAGCUCGCGGACACGUUCAAGAGCUGCGGAACGAUCGUCGAUAGCAUCGUGAAGAUGGACGGCCGCACAGGUCGGAGCCGCGGCUUUGGAGUUGUGGAAUUUAGCGAUCCGAAGGAGGCGGAGAAGGCGAUCGACGAGUUCCACAACAAGAACAUCGGGAGCGGGGACGGGCGGCCUUUAGUGGUCCGGUACGACCGCGAGGGCAAUCGCGGGGGUGCGGGCUUCGGCGGUGGUGGUCACGGCGGCGGCGGCUACGGUGGCGGUUAUGGUGGAGGCGGCUACGGCGGCCCGGGCUGGGGCGGCGGCGGCGGCGGCUAUGGAGGCGGCUAUGGAGGUGGAUAUGGUGGCGGGCCGCCCCAGGGGGGCUAUGGAGGCUACGGCGGCGGAGGUUACGGUGGUGGCUACGGCGGGGGCCCGCCGCAGGGCUAUGGAGGGGGCUACGGCGGCGGAGGCGGAGGCGGCCGCGGCCUCAGCGACCACGACAUCCGCGCGCGCUUGAUAGAAAGAGAGAAAGCCCGCGUCGCCAAGGAUUAUAGAGUGGCCGACGACAUCCGCAGCGAGCUCCAACGAGAAGGUAUUCGUAUUGACGACCUCAACCGGACGUGGUCGAGCGCCGACGGCCGCCACGGCCCGCGGCCCUCGGCCUACGACGACCCGUCUUUCAGAAGACCGGAGCCGGGCUUCGGGGGCGGCGGCCACGGUGCGGACCCGGACCGCCACCGCGACCGGUCGCGGUCGCGGUCCCGCGGUCGUAGGCGCCGCGACCGGUCCGCGUCCAAGGACUCGGCCAAGGACGACGACAAGGAGGACUAGGCCGCGCGCACCUCCCCGCCGGCGUAAGGGUGGCUGGUGAUUU